GCUGAUGUAAACACAAAAUACGCCUCAUCCCCUGUCAGAUGAGACACCGUGGACUGGACUGGUCGGGAGAGCAGUGGCUCAUCCCGUAAAACGGUUUGUCUCUAUCGUAUGUAAUAUGCGGUAAAGCGCACACGGGCGACGCCAUGGACUUCUACAUAAAUCUGAAAGUGAAUUUCAGAGGAAAUUCUAAGAAUUUCCUCUUGUCAGGAUCCGAGACCAAGAACUGGGAGUCGAUGGAGGCGAUGGUGAAGCGUUCCUUUGGCCUGUGCAGCCUCCAGCUGGCCUAUUUUGAUGAGGAGAAUGAGGAGGUGUCCAUUAACAGUCAAGGGGAGUAUGAGGAGGCUUUGAAGAGUGCAGCCAGGCAAGGAAACCGCCUACACAUGAAUGUGUAUGAGAUUCGAGGACAGCCAGCAAGGGUCACCACCACCAAGGCCAGUGGAGCAGAACCCAAGAGGGGCUUCAGACCGCCACAGCAUUGCCCCACCCUGGCUCAAGUGGUCAGCCGCAAAGUCCAAGCUGUGGUGCCAGAACAGGCCAUGGUGAUUAUGAAAGAAGUAAAAGGGACCAAGGAAGAAGACAAGACUCCUCCUGCCUGGUUCACAUCGUACAUGGAAAAGUUCAAGGACCAGGUGGUUCGCGAAGCAGUGGAGAAGAUCUGCCGGGAGUUUUCUGGGCAGUGCUGCAUCCACAAGCCCCUGGAGGGAGGAGGUGUAGGAGGAGGAGCAGGUGGAGCGGGGAGAGGUAGAGGGGAAGCAGCUGGAGGAGCGGAAGCCCAGCAGGUCCCUGAGGUGUCCUCCUCCACGCUGCCUGGAUCUCCUUCUUCCUCCACUCCUCCCUGCUCCUCCUGUAGGGGCCAGACCACUGGAGGAGGCUACCAGUGCAGUGUGUGUACCUCCUGUACUCUUUGUGAGCCCUGUAGCUUCUCCCAUGAUCCCAGUCACAACCUAGUAAGAGCCAGGACUCCUCUGUCCAUUCCAGAGCAUGGAUCACCCGCCCCAGAACACAGCAGGUUCUACAGGCGAGGAGAUCGCAGUUUCCGGAAGGCAGAGAAGCAACGGCUUAAAGCAGAGAAGCGCUUGCUGAAGGCAGAGGUCAAAGAGAUUCGGAAGCAGCUGAGGAUGGAAAGGCGGGGCAUACAAUGGAGCUCCUCGUAUAGAGAUGGGAACUCUUCUCCCAUUCUUCUGCAGCCUCGCGCCACCCAACACAACAGCCCAGACCGCCCAAAGCGCCCCUGCCCCCUGGUGGUUCCAGCCAUGAUGGCUACAUUUCUGGAUGAGAAUCUUCCUGAUGGAACUCGACUGCGUCCUGGAACCAAGUUUAUCAAGUACUGGAAAAUGAGGAACACAGGAACUAUCAGCUGGGGUGCUGAUACUAAGCUGAAGUUCAUGUGGGGAAACCUGGCAGUGGGAUCUGGAGACCGCUGGAGAGAAGUGUCUGUUCCAUUCCUCCAGCCAGGACAGAUCGGCAUAGUGAGCGUGGCGCUGUGUGCUCCCGUUGUGGAGGGUUCCUAUACCUCUCACUGGCGUCUGGCCCAUACUGGAGAGCAGUUUGGACCGCGAGUGUGGUGCAGCAUCAUGGUCGACCCUCUGGCCCCAGCACCAAUGAUGGCUGAUGGGAUACUUGUGUCGCCCUGUGUCACACCUCAGGGCAAGAACCCACUUGUGAAGGAUGGAAAAGUCUCUAGUGCUUCUCGGGAGCCACCUUUAAUGUCAGUGGAUCAAGAAGAAUACUACAUCCCCUCCGUAGACCUGCUGACAGCGCAGAAGUUCCAGGAACUACAAGCUGAGAGUGGAACUACAACAGGAAAUGGAAGUGGAGACUAUAGGCUCCAAAACUUAUGGCGACAACUAGUGGCCAGGAACUACAACAGCAAGGAUCUUCUGUCUUUCGAGCUGUUGGACAUCAACAUCGUCCAGGAGUUGGAGAAUGUCCCAAACAACACCCCUACUGACAUAACUCCCUGUAUGUCCCCUCUGCCUCAAGAUGGCCACCUGCAGGACAAGAGCAGUCCUUUGGGACUGAUCCAGGAAGAGAAUGAAGUCAUUAAUAGCAUCAUGGAAACACCCCAUAAGGCAGGAUCUGGAGUAGAAGGGGACGGGGUCCCAGCUCAGGAGGAGGGGGGCAAUGACGAUAGUGGAACUGAGUUUGUUAGUAAGACGGUAAUUCACUCAGUGAUCCUCGAGAAAUCCCCUGACCAUGCCCCUCUGAAAGGCCCCCACCUAGGUAAAGGUGAGUCUACAGUGGUGCAUCCAGCACCUCAGAGUGGCUCCUCGUCUGUGUCCUGUAUGAAGACCAAGUCACUGAAAACAAAGGAAAUCUCCAACAGCAGUCCAAACAGCUCAAGCAACCUCCUAAAACCACCAAUUACACUUAAAGAUUCCCUCCAUUCUCUGCUGCAAGCCUCCCUGCCUGCUGCCCUGUCUGUGGAUCCAGCUCCAGUGCUUGGCCCCAGCUCAGUACCAACCCUGCUCCAAGUUUCGCCUAUGGCAUCCACACAGCAGGAACACACAGCCACAGAGUCCCAACUGGAGAACAUAUGUUUGGAGAACAGUGUGAAGGCAAGAGAGAAAGAGCCGGACAAGGGGAAAGACAAAGAGGGAGAGGAGAGGAGAGAGGAGAUGAGAAGUCGCUCUUCCUCCACCUCCUCAGAGGAUUACAUCAUCAUCCUCCCCGAUUGCUUUGACACCAGUCGGCCACUUGGGGAGUCAAUGUACAGCUCUGCUCUAUCCCAGCCUGGCGACAUCCCAGUCAAGACUCCGUCAGACUCAGAUACAACAUCUUCUGACCAUCCAAGGAGGAUAACUGUGGAGGGGGAGCUGUGUAAGGCGGGUGAAACUGCAAUGGUGCCAGGGACAGAGUUGUCAGGAAACAGCAGCGCCAAUGACAUGCUUUGUACAUCUCAGACGCUGGAUGAUGAGCCACUGACACCUGAAGUGGUCGCACCCUCUAAGGCCAUCAUUACAUCAAGUCCAGAGAGCAGCAGAAAAACAGAUGUGAAUGCGGCCAAUCCUGAAGAAGGAGCAAAGGCAACUGUGCUGUACCAAACUGAGAACGAUCCUGAAAAAACACAAACAGAGGUUACUGCAGCUACUGCGGACACAGAGAAGGAAAACUCAGAGGACUCCAGGCACCCAGGCAUCACCAGUGGCCUGGUGAAAGGAGCUCUGUCGGUAGCAGCCUCAGCCUACAAAGCAUUGUUCACUGGACAAGGCCCCACACAGCCUCCAGUGGACGCAUCCACCCAGGACACCAUGAUGGCCGUGCUGGUAGAGAUGGGAUUUGGGGACCGGCCACUUAACCAGCAGUUGCUGAAGAAACACAACUACAACCUCCUGGAUGUGGUGAAUGAGCUUGUUCAGAUGACUGACAAUGACUGGUACUCUACACGCUACUGACUAGAGACAAGAAGAAAGGGAAGAAGAAGGAAACAGAUAGAAAAGGAGAUGAGACACAAUAGAUGAUGGAGAAUGGAAGCAAGAAAUUAAUUUCUGCUCAUCUACCCUCCCAUUUUCCCUUUCUAAUACUGUCUAUCUCUUCUCUGAUUGGUCCAUUUGGAUGGAGGGUACUUGUCUUUAUGACCAUAUUAUGGACAUUCCAGCAAAUAUUCUGGGAUCCUGUACGAGGCCAUCAAACAUCACUGUAAUAAUUUCAGCAUAGACCUUGAUAAUAGCACAUUUCGUUGCAUACAAGUCUAAAAAAGAUUUUAAAAAAGAAGCAUUGUAUGCCUCAAAUGAGCUAUGUGUAGUGUUUCUAAAAGUUAAGACCACAUUGUUUUGGUUUGAAGAACAGUGAGAGGAUAAAAGCUGAUGAUAGAUAGAUAGAUAGAUAGAUAGAUAGAUAGAUAGAUAGAUAGAUAGAUAGAUAGAUAGAUAGAUAGAUACUUUAUUAACCCCUUGACGCCUGCAUUUAUUUACAAGCAUAAAAUAUAUGUUUGUUUGUUUUUGCUUUUCCAGCUGAUGCUAAGUGGAGAUUGUUAAUUUGUCUGGUACACAUAGAACAGAUUUAUAAUAAUAAUAACAGAUAUAUAAUAAUUCAGAUCCCUCUCCAACCAGUCCUAUGAAAAGCCAGUGCUUGCAAAAGGUUUCUGGGUACUUGCUGAAUAUUCACAAACUUGCAAUGGAGGAAUGCAAACGCUAUCUCGGCUGCAGUCAAAGUGAAAGAAGUAUUUCGCGAAUUCGUGACAGUCGGCGUCAAGGGGUUAAUCCCAAGGGAAAUUCAAAUUAAACUAAACUAAAGUGGUUAGUAACAUGAGAUUCAUCUUAAUGAAGUGAACUAAACUCGUAUUAGACACAAAAACUAAAUAAUUCCACUUGUAUAUUCAAACAUUCAAUUAAUUUCACAGUUAAUGCACAAAAUAUACUAUCAAAACAGAAAUUAGUGUUAAACGCCACACACAAUACCUUCCCACUUCUCCCUUUUGCAACACAGUGAUGAUGUACAAAUAGUACAACGCCAAUAUCAAUAUCCACAUCUGUACUGAGAACCUUGGAAAAGAUGUUUACAUCACAGGCCACUUUGAUGCCUUCCCACUUUAGUCAGAAUGUCUGCAAAUGCUGGUCAGCCACAGAUUAGCAGGUGUAGACAUGCAGUCAGACCAGUCAGACCAUCUACUUUUUCCAAAGCACUAAGCAGUGUAACAUGCUCUAAUACUUGCUUUUAAGAAGGCACUCUUGAUUAGCCAUGCUUGAUGUUCAAGAGUAGUCAUGUACAUGAUCUGGUUCAUUCACCCUUUAAACAAUUGCAUUUGCAGUGUUCCACCAAUACUGAAAUAGCCCCAGAUCGUCGCUGAUCCAUCCCCAUGUCUUACUGUAGGUUCAAGACAGUCUGGUUUGUAGGCUUCUGAGACUUCUGUAGGCUUCUGCAAUGAGAGCCAUUGCACAAACAUUGAUUUUCCAUCUCCUCUCAACUUCACAGUUGCUUGUUUUUCAUUCACAGACAGCACUGUGGUUUUCACCUCUAACUAUAGAUUCAGUCUGCACAGACAAAAUCCAGCACUUUUUAUUAUUUGAAUAAUCAAUUUAAUAGGACACACCAGGGAAACAAAACAUACCUGUCAGUCACAUGUUCCAGUACUUUAGCUCACAUGAAAAUGGGUGAGUUCAAACAAAAAGUGCUAUCUUCUAAGUUGUGUAUUUGACCCAGAUGUAAAUACCUGGAAUUAACAGUUGAAAUGUGGAUCUCUUGUCUCAAAUUCAUUGUUUGAUGUUAAACCCAAACAUUUUCAGUCUACAGCAAAGAUGAAGGAAUUGGUCUUAUUGUUCCAAUGCUUUAGCAGUGGAGUGUAGGUAUAAUAAUAAUAAUAAUAAUAACAACAAUAAUGGCUAUAUAUAAAGAGCAUCUUUCAAAGCAAAGUUACAAAGUACUUUACAAAACACAAAUACAGUAAUAAACCCAAUGCAAUAACAGAUAAAUAAUUUAAUUUCAAUUUAAUUUUAUUCAUAUAGCGCCAAUUACAGUCAAAUUGUCUCAAUACUCUUUACAGAACCCAUAUGCCUGAACCCCAGAGCAAGCCCUAAGGUGACAGUGACAAGGAAAACACUCUUUUAACAGGGAAAAAACCUUGAGCAGAACCUGGCUCUUUAUGUGGGGUGCCCAUCUGCUUGCUGGCUGUCGCGCUGAAAAGGACAGAAGAGGUAGAGACGUAGAGGAGUCGAGAAGCGUAGAGGUAGAGGAGUAGAGAGGUGGAGAAGUAGAAGGGUAGAGGGGUGGAGAGCGGGAGGAAUGGGAGAAGAGGGGUGGGGAACAAGGUACAUAUAACACACAAUUGGAUGGAUCUAUGAUAAGCUAGAUGAUACAUACAAAGUACAAGCUAACAAAUUGAUUCAUAGUUUACUGUUAUGGUGUCAGGCUCUGGCAUUAAAUAUACGACAUAUAUAAAUCAGUCCCUCCAGGAUUUUUUCAUGAUUGUUGCGGCCGAAAAUGCCUGAAUUCGCGGCAGCUUUUCUAAAAAAUUGCGAUAAAAGUUGUGAUGUUUUAAGCUUAUUUGUUGAUGAAAAUGUGGGAGACAGUGACAAUUGCUAAAAAGCUGCAUUUUUCCAGUUUGUAGAACAUGUUUCAACACUGUAAUUGACCAUAUUUAUUCCGAAAUUAACCCAUUUCCACAAGCUGGCACACCACAGUGGGACAUUAGCAGCAGCCAGAUACUGAUUUAACAUGAAGUGGUUGGUAGAUUAGCGGCACACAAUGAUAAUUUGCUAUUGAAUGAAUCAUAUUUGGGCAUAUCUGUCACUGGCUUAAAAAGUUAAUUUCACUUCCUGGCACACACGUGUUCACACACACGCUCACUGCUUGUCACGUCAAUUAACAAGAAGAGCACUGAGAGAGCGCAGUACUCCACCAAGACUGUUCAUUACCUGACCUUGCGCUGAACACAGGUGUGUGUUAUACAUGUUUACAUGCCAAAUCGCGUGACCUAAAUAUGUAGCGGGCGAGGGGAAUUGAUGGGACUCAGAAAUACCCCCACAAUUUAAUCAGUUGUUCCUUAUGUCAUUUCCGAUACAUCCACAGUGGUAGAUUUGUUGUCGGAUCACAAUCAUGUGAUCGUCAGCAGGCUGCUGAGGUAGCGUUCACUUGUUGUCAUGGUUACCGUGCUGCUAUCAGAUGCUGUGCCGCUACCUGAAUGGAAUCCGUGGAUCCAAACUUUAAGCCGUAUCACUGCCGAAGUCUAAUCACUUGGUCCUUGUGUCAUUUCUGACCGACCCUGAAAAUUUAAUUAAAAUCCCUAAGUCCGUGUUUGAGUGAUGUUGGUAACAGAGGAAGGAUUCCCACACGCUGAUCGUCACAUAACUCCGCUGUGUUCUUUGGUGGAAUAAUUAAUCUAAUUUACCUCAUUCAUUCAGUGCUCUAACGGAUCUGGAUGCAACAGUUUCCAUCAUGAUGAUUUGUCUGGUCUGUUAUCCGCUCAUUUCAGUCAUUCUAAUAUGCUUCAUGUUUAAAAAAGAAAGUGUGUAUCAACCGAUGAUUUUUUUUUCUUUUUUUUUGUAUUGCAGUAAAACAGUUUAGCUCUGCUUUGGUGAAGAACUUCAGUGAUUUAAUUGUUUUUCACGGUCUUCAGCAGUAAUUUUUGUUGGUAAAUGAGAGACAUUAGUAUCGCACAUGUCUGCAUCCUCAGAUUAUAAACAAGGAAGUGAAUUCAGUGAUGUACGUGCAUUAUGUUUGCGAUGGGAGCUGCUAUGAUUGGUGGAGCUCACGGGAGGCGGGCCAAAAUUGCAGGAAAGUUGCGGUGACUGGACAAAAUUGCAAGGCUGCACAAAAUUCGCGGAGAUUGGUUGAUUUCGAGCAAUCGCAACAUCGCGAAUUCCUGGAGGGACUGAUAGAUGGUAGUAAAAUUCAAACAGUAUGUAGAUGAAUGUAUCAAGUAUGGUCAGAGCGAUGCAGAGUAGACUGGUGGAAAUGGGGAGCUGGAAGCAGUGGACUGGAGGAAGGUCAGCAGCAGCAUCCCACAGUGGACAUGAUGGAGACUAGGCCAGUUGGUGGGACAGCAACCACAGAUCCGAAGCAUCCAGCUCAGGGACCAGGGACACUCAGAGAAAGGACACAGGGAGUGACAGAGUGAAUGUAAUGCAAUAAUGGUAUAUAUAUAUUAAAUAUAAAGGUAGAUAGAGAGGGCCUCAGUGCAUCAAGAGAGAUCCCCCCGUAGCCUAGGCCUAUAGCAGCAUAACUACAGGCAUAUCUAAGAGACGUCAAAAGGGGAAGUCAGUUGUGCAAAUGAAGACUCCAGUUGACCCACUCAGGGUCACCCAAGUCAGCCCUAACUAAAAGAUUUGUUAAAAAGGAAGGUUUUAAGCCUAUUCUUAAAAAUAGAGAGGGUGUCCACCUCCCGCACCCAAACUGGAAGCUGAAAUAGUAUACAUUACAAUAGAUAAUGAGCGUGUAAUACAAAAUUACAAAAAUAUGGAACAGAUAAUGUGUUAUAAAACAACUGAGAACAAGGCAAAUUCAUUUAAACAGACUAGGAGAAGGCCUGACAAUAAAAGUGAGUCUUUAGAAAAAGUUUUAAAGAGAACACCGAGUUUGCUUCCCUGAGCUUCUCAGAGAGGGAGUUCCACAGCUGAGGGGCCCGAACCACAAAAGUUUGGGCCCCUCAUAUGUAUAUAUAUAUAUAUAUAUAUAUAUAUAUGUAUAGUGAACCCUCGCCAUAACGCGGUUCACCUUUUGCGGCUUCGCUGUUUCACGGAUUUUUUAGUGCAGUUUUUUUUAUGCUUUUUUUAACAGUGCAUUGUGUUCUGCAUCCUGAUUGGCUAAGGGACUGACCAACGUGAACAGUCUCCGCGCCUCGUCUCCUCUGCCAUAUAGGCCAGCGCUGCCUGCUGUGGAGCACUGGAUCAUUUCUCUCCUUGGUCUCCAUGUAGUGAGACACCCUGAAAGACGGAGCCGAUGGAGCAGCCUUAUUCUUUUCCCCCGCCAUCAACCGGACAGUGAAUGUGGUCCCCAGCCGUCUCUGGCCACCACAGCUGCACUCCCCAGGAGAAGAGCGCCGGCGCGAGCCUUCCCCAUCCCCGACUGCUCCAAUUGAUUCAGCCAGGCCCGCUCUCUGAGGAGGCCGCAGUGUCCACCUGGCUGCAGCUGCAGCGCUCCCCCGGGUGCGGUAUUGUAUAAUAACUGUAAAAAAUAAAGCUGACUACUUCACGGAUUUCGCCUAUCGUGGGUUCUUUUUGGAACGUAACCCCCGCGAUAAACGAGGGUUCACUGUAUAUAUAUAUAUAUAUAUAUAUAUAUAUGUGUAUGUAUGUAUACAGAGUGUCCCAAAAAUGUAUAAACACUUUAAAUAAUUGAAAACUAGGCAUUUAUUAUAAUUUGUUUUAUUUUCAACAUGUAAAAGAAUUUACAAACAUCAUUCUAUUGUUUUGUCACUGCCUGUUCUCAAACUGAUGUCCAUUCUGGUCCAGACACUGCCGACAACGCGAAGCGAUGGAAUAGCACACAUCAUGAAACAAUUCCCUUGGUAUUUACGUGCAUUCACGUUUAAUUGUUGCUCUCAAGUCAGUGAUUGAUGCAGGUCUCAUUGCGUAGACUUUGUCUCUUAGGUAUCCCCAUAAAAAGAAGUCUAGUGGUGUGAGGUUAAUUAGUUAUCAGCUGCUAAAAGGUGUAUACAUUGUUUUUUUUGGGACACCCUGUAUAUAUAUAUAUAUAUAUAUAUAUAUAUAUAUAUAUAUAUAUAGAUAGAUAGAUAGAUAGAUAGAUAGAUAGAUAGAUAGAUAGAUAGAUAGAUAGAUAGAUAGAUAGAUAGAUACAUAAUGGAAUGAAAGUUAUGAGGAGAACCAAUCAACAGCCACAUUCCUGAUACCAACAACAUUCUUUAAAUGGCUGACCAAAACAUCACAGUCCACCAUGUCAAAGGAAUGGAAUAGAGACCUUCAUCGUGAGUAAGUCAUUUGUGACCUUGACCAGAGCUGUCUCUGUGCUAUGGAGGGAGCUGAACCGGCUAGCAGAGAACAUGACUCCGUCAUAUUAAUAGAGCUUCGCAAAUUAAGACAGGAACAUGCCGAAGCAGCAAGUGACAACAAGAGAGCAAUGACUAGACUCGAAACGAACAUGAAAGAACUUAUGGAAAGAACGGCAUCCCUGGUGCAAAGAAUGGGGCACAUGAAAGAAAGAAUUGGAAAUACCGAGGACAGGGCGACGCGACUGGAACGUUCAGCCGCCUUCCAACUCCAGCAAUCGGCCAAACUGUCAGUCAAGUGCGACGACUUGGAGUCAAGAAUGAGGUGCAACAACAUACAGAUCCACGGCAUCCCAGAGGGUGGAGAGAAGAACGAUACCAUCGACUUCAUAACAGGACUUAUAAAGUCCAAAAUCCAAAUCGCAGAUGACAUGGAAAUGAGAGGGUGCAUCAGUUACUGGCGGCUAAACCCAAGGACAGCAUGGCCCCACCAAGAGCGAUCAUUGUGCACUUUCUGGAUUGCAAAGUUAAGGAGUAUGUGAUACGGCAAGCCUGGAAACAGAAGAUUACAUACGAGGGACAAACCAUCUACUUUAAUCAAAACUACACGACAGAGGUUCAAAAGAAGAGGAAACAGGUGAGGGAAGUUAUCAAAAAGCAGAAGGAGAAAAAGUGAAGGCACAGUCCCCGUAUCCAGCCAAGCUUAAAGUGUUUUUGGACUCUGGGACAAAGAUAUUUGCUAAAUGACAGAAGCUGCACCUGUAUUAAAGGACAUGGGAUUUAACGUGGAUGAAGACAGGACGGAGAGGCUGCAGAGGAUGAUGAUUCAGAGUGGCUGGAACAUGACGACAGGUCAGAGAGGGAGGAGGAGAUGGCCCCACAUCACAGAAGAAGACGUACAUGCCCUCAUGGACUAAAAUCAACACUCCCCACCUCUACUGAAACCGUAAGAACAAAAAACACAUAAAUACAUAAAUAUAAAUAAUAGAAAUAAAGGUGACAUGCAAAAAUUAGCAGUUAAAAAUAGGGAAUCAUUUUCAUAUUUACCCUCACUACAAGACUAGGUGAACAUGAGAGAAGCUAGGUUAAGCACUACUUGUUGAAGUGACAGACAUAUUGGUUUUAUGAAGAGUGAAAUUAAAACUUUGAGUUCUUAACAGCCUUAGGUUGUAAUUGUACAUAGUGCUCUUUCCCCAGAGAAAUUGCCACCACGCUCUGAUGAUGGGACUUUUGGAAGACAUGUGCUCAUGUUCCUAUUCUAUAUUGGUUCUGGUUCUGAUGGAGAUGUUCUUUUUUUGUUUUCAUCAUUAUGUAAGUUUUUCUUUAAUUUUUUAAAUUUUGUUUGCGGUGUAUAGCUUAUGAGUCGUAUUUGGAAAUAAUAUGAAUAAGCUGAAUCUUGUGUCAUACAAUGUGAGUGGUCUGAAUCAUCCCAUUAAGAGGAAAAAGAUACUGAGCCAACUGAAAAAAUUACAUUGUUCAAUAGCUUUACUACAAGCGACACAUCUGACAGAGACUGAACAUAAAAAACUAAGUAGGGAAUAGGUGAACCAGGUAUUUUAUGCCUCAUAUGGCAAAAGGAGAGGGGUAGCUAUUUUAAUUGGUAGGGGUGUACAAAAUUAAGGUUGAAAAAGAGAUGAAAGACAACACUGGACGAUAUGUAAUGAUUGUAGGAUCUAUAGGAGACAUGACUAUUUCAAUACUGAAUGUCCAUCAGCUGGAGCCUAUCCUAGCUGACUCGGGCGAAGGCAGGGGACACCCUGGACAGGUCGCAAUUCUGUCGCUAUUUCAAUACUGAACAUAUAUACCCCAAAUGAGGAGAAAGAAACAUUCUUGAAACAGAUAGCAAAAGUAAUAACCAGUGAAGCAAAGAGGAAGUUGGUGAUGGGAGGUGAUUUUAAUACAAUACAAAAUGGCAGAUUAGACAAGUUCCCCCAGAUCAUGGACCGAGCACAAAAAAAUCUACAGUAUUGAACAACAUGACUAAAGAGCUAGGUCUCACUGAUCCGUGGAGGGAUAACAAUCCAAAGAGGCGAGACGUGUAGUGCGGGUGAACUGGGAACGUCUGGCGGAGGACCCUGUCCAUAGGGUUUUCAACUCCUACCUCCAGAAGAGUUUCUCCUGCAUCCCGGGACAGGCUGGGGACAUGGAUUCUGAGUGGUCCAUGUUCAAAGCCUUCAUUGCAGAAGCAGCUGCUAGGAGCUGUGGUCUGAAGGUCACUGGUGCCUGUCGCCGCGGCAAUCCAAAGACCCGCUGGUGGACACCAGUGGUGAGGGAGGCCGUCAGGCUGAAAAAGGAGGCUUUUCGGGCCUGGUUGGCUCGGGGGUCUCCCAAAGCAGCUGACAGGUACCGGCUGGCCAAAAGGGCGGCAGCUGUGGCAGUUGUGAAAGCUAAAACUUGGGUGUGGGAGGAGUUCGGGGAGACCAUGGAGAAGGACUUUCGGUCGGCCUCGGAUAAGUUCUGGCAAACCGUUCGACACCUCAGGAAGGGGAGGCAGGGCUUUGCUCAGGCUGUGUAUAGUCGGGGUGGAGUACUGUUGACCCGUACUGGGGAUAUCGUCGAGCGGUGGAAAGAGCAAUUCGAGGAACUCCUGAACCUGGUAAACACAUCCUCUAUGGAGGAGGCAGAGCCUGAAGACUCGGGGGGAUCUUCGUCCAUAUCCAUGGCAGAGGUCGCAGUGGUAGUUAAGAAGCUCCUCGGUGGCAAGGCGCCAGGUGUGGACGAGAGUCACCCUGAGAUGCUGAAGGCUCUGGACAUUGUUGGACUGUCUUGGUUGACACAUCUAUACAAUGUUGCGUGGGCAUCGGGUACAGUACCUGUGGAGUGGCAGACCGGGGUGGUGGUCCCUAUUUUUAAAAAGGGGGACCAGAGAGUGUGUGCGAACUACCGGGGUAUCACACUUCUCAGCCUCCCUCGGAAAGUUUACUCUAGGGUGCUGGAAGGGAGGCUCCGACUUAUAGUCGAACCUCGGAUUCAGGAGGAGCAGUGCGGAUUCCAUCCCGGUCGUGGAACAGUGGACCAGCUCUUUACCCUUGCGGAGCUGCUGAGGGGGUCAUGGGAGUUUGACCUGCCAGUCUACAUGUGUUUUGUAGAUCUGGAGAAGGCCUAUGACUGUGUCCCUCGAGGGGCACUGUGGGGAGUACUACGUGAGUAUGGGGUACCGGGCUCGUUGCUACGAGCCGUUCGGUCCCUGUACGACCAAAGUGAGAGCUGUGUCCAAAUACUCGGCACUAACUCAGACAGGUUUCCAGUGGGUGUUGAACUCCGCCAAGGCUGCCCCUUGUCUCCAAUCCUGUUUGUGGUCUUCAUGGACAGGAUCUCAAGGCGCAGUCAUGGUAGCAAAGCAGUGAUACGGGGGAAAUAAUGGAAAUAUCAUCCUGACUGAAGAAAGCUCGACUGAAAAAACAAAUAGAAUUGGAGCAAAAGAUUAAAGAAUUGGAAACAGAACAUAAAAAACAUCAGGAUCUGAUGUUCAUCUCUUUUUCAAUAUGGAUCCGACCGAUCCAUAUUUCAGGACUUAAAAACAAUCAGAGGGAAAUUAGAUGAACUCUUAUCAUUUAAAGCAGAAGGAUCUCUUUGUUUCAUAAGCUAGAAAUACUAUGAAAUGGGGACUAGAGCUAGUCGCUUAUUAGCAUUUCAACUUAGAAAAGUCCAAACAAAUAGGAUAGUAUCAAAAAUAUACAUCCCACAUCUAAACAGUCUUAUAUUAUGGAUCACUAAAGAUAAAGAUGCAAUAUGGGUGGAGAUGGAGCAAAGGACAUGCCCUCGUGUGUCUUUGGAAUCACUGCCAUUUGUAACCUGGCUGGAGCAAAAGAAGCUUAAAAUCAACAACGAUUUGAUAAUAGAAACAAUGAAAAUAUGUUUGCCAAUACAAAAGAAAUUAAAUAUGUCAAGCUCUGUAAGUAAAGCAACAAAAAUAGUCAAAUACCCAGACUUUGUACCGGGGACUAUGGAUGCAGGAUUUAAGAAAUGGACUAACAAGGGGUUAAUAUAUAUAGCACAGAUUUUUACAGGGCCAAUAUUGAAAUCUUUUGAACAACUCAAACAGGAAUUUAAUCCACCAAAUAAUGAUUUCUAUAGAUAUUUACAAUUGAGACACUAUCUCCAGAAACAUAGUGAAUGGGAAAGAAUAAGCAAAGACCCAAACAAGGUUGAAGAAUUGUUCAUGUCAUCUUCAGAGGUAGAAUCCAAAAAAGGACUGAUUUCAGAAAUAUAUAAAGCACUACAAUAUGAAUGUAAUGACAACAACAUGGAUGUUAAAGAAAGAUGGGAAUUGGAAGCAAAUGUCAUCAUAACAGAUGAUGACUGGGAGGAAACAUUCAGAUCUGGACAUAAAUUAGCAAACAGCCCAACAUGGAGGGAGUUUGAUUGGAAGGUGAAGAUGUGCUACUUUAACACCCCAUCUGUCAUCGCAAAAUAUAGCAAAACAUUAGCUCAGUGUUGGAGGAACUGUGGCAUAGUGGAUGACUUCACUCAUAUAUUUUGGGAUUGCCCAAAGAUCAUGGACUUUUGGAGGUGUGUGAAAGCAGAAAUAAGAAGAAUUCUGGGUGUUGAUCUCCAUUUUGACCCAACCCUGUACAUACUUGGGAUAUUGCCUGAAGAUCUGAUAUACAGAGACAGUAGAUACCUAUUGAGAGUUCUGCUCUUGAUAGCAAAGAAAAUGAUCACAGUCAAUUGGUUGACCCCCCCCCCCCCCCCCCAGCAUAA